AUGGAUACAGGUUGUGGGAGGCUGAGCAGGAAGAAAAGUGGUGGAAACGGACAGGUUCUAGACGGUUCCAAUAUUAUGGAGUUGGUUGGAAACGACCAAGUUUUCACCACCUUCGUCGACCAUAAGUUCCACGAGUUAGACACAGACAGAGAUGGCAAACUCUCUGUGAAAGAGCUCCAACCUGCUGUUGUUGACAUAGGUGCUGCGCUCGGCCUCCCUGCUCACGGCACCAAUCCUGAUUCUGAUCAUAUCUAUUCCGAGGUGUUGAAUGAAUUCACACAUGGGAAGCAGGAAAAAGUGAGCAAAACUGAGUUCAAAGAGGUUCUCUCUGAUAUUCUGUUGGGUAUGGCUGCUGGACUGAAGCGUGAUCCAAUUGUGAUACUUCGCAUUGAUGGGGAAGAUCUUCUGGAGUUUGUUAAUGGUUCAGGUUAUGAAGCAGAAAUGGUAUCCGUAUUCUCUCAGAUUGAAUCCCCUCACAGAUCACUGCAUGACCAUAUAAUUGAGGCUCUUGGCAAGCUCACUGUGGAACAAGGAAUUCCUCCUACAUCAGAUUCUUGGGUUUUAAGCAACAUUGUGGAACCGGCACUGCAAUCUCAAGGUAGAUCUGGUUUGGAUAAGCCUGUUUCUCAGGAGACAUUUUUGGAGGAAUUUAAGGUAGUGGCAUUGGCUGUGGCUCAUCGUCUUAAGGAGCAACCGGUCAUAGUUGCUCACAGUGAGAACACCUUUGAUGGAAGUGGUGUUAAGAGACUAUUAUCCAACAAGUUUGAAUUGGACAAGACUUUGAACUCAGCUUUAGAGACUUUUCCUAGAGAUCGAAAUGGAAAGAUGUCAAAAGAGUAUCUACGGGUGGCACUGGACACGGUGGCUCCAGCUGCUGGUUUACCUCCUCUUGGUGCAAUCGAAGAGAUGGAUAAAGUUAUUAGUGAAGUGUUCAAGAUGGUGAAUGCAGAUGAAGCGAAGAUGGUGAAAGAAGAGGAAUUCAAGAAAGUUUUAACUGAGAUACUUGGGAGCAUAAUGUUGCAGCUGGAGGGAAAUCCCAUAUCAGUUUCUUCAAAUUCGGUAGUGCACGAGCCUCUAGACUCAUCUUCUACACUUCUUCAGCCAACGUCUAGUGAAACUGCCCCAUAG